GUGAUAGCGCUGUUUACUGUCAUUUGAGAGCUGGCACCGGACCCGCGGUGAGGCAUGGGCUGCGCUCCCAGCAUCCACGUCUCCCAGAGCGGUGUGAUCUACUGCCGAGACUCGGACGAGUCCAACUCUCCGCACCAAACCACCACUAUCUCGCAGGGCACCGCGGCCACCCUACAUGGGCUGUUUAUCAAGACGGACGCGGCCGAUACCAUCUCAUCCGUCAUCACCUACCAGAGCAGGCACUCCGGAACCAACUCUCAACGAGAGAGAAGAGAGAACAGCCGGGGACACAUCUGCAUCGAGGCUGAGACCCAGACUAGUCACACCAGUGUCAAGGUAUCAGCCACAGAAGAAUGCAUAGGACCUAUGAGACUGACCCAAGAACCUAUUCAGGUCCUGCUGGUGUUUGCAAAGGAGGAUGGUCAAAGCGAUGCCUUCUGGUGGGCGUGUGACCGGGCGGGUUUCAGGUGUAACAUCGCCCGAACGCCUGAGUCCGCCAUCGAGUGUUUCCUGGACAAGAGCCACGAAAUUGUAGUCAUCGAUGGACGCCACUCACGAUACUUUGAGGCAGAAGCUGUCUGUCGGUUGAUUCGUGCCACAAAGCGCUCAGAACACACAGUCAUUCUGGCCGUUGUGCCACAGACGCCUUCAGGUCAGGAGGAGCCGUCUGUUCUUCCUCUCCUCUGCGCUGGACUCAGCAGAAGGUAUGUGGAGAACAGUAGUGUCUCUGCCUGCUAUAAUGAGUUGCUCCAGAUUGAACAUGGAGAGGUGCGCUGCCAGUUCAAACUCAGGGCUUGUAACUCUGUCUUCACUGCUCUGGACCACUGUCAGGAGGCUGUGGAGAUCACCAGUGAAGACCAUGUGAUACAGUAUGUGAACCCGGCAUUUGAGUGUAUGAUGGGUUACCACAAGGGAGAGUUGAUAGGGAAAGAGCUGACGGAACUCCCCAAGAGUGACAAGAACCGAGCAGAUCUUCUAGACACCAUCAACACCUGCAUCAAGAAAGGAAAGGAGUGGCAGGGGAUCUACUACGCCAGGAGGAAGUCGGGUGACAGCAUACAGCAGCACGUCAAGAUCACACCUGUGAUUGGCCAGGGAGGAAAGAUCCGCCAUUUUGUGUCCAUCAAGAGGCCCCACAGUGACAACAACAAACAGGUCCAUAAGAUCAACAAAGAUGGAGAACAUUCCCAGUCAGAGAGCCAUUCCCUGCGUCACAGAGACAGGAGGAAAGAGUCGGUUGAUACCAGGUCAAUCAGCUCACGUGGCAGUGAUGCACCCAGUCUGCAAAACCGCCGGUACUCAUCUGUAGCCAGAAUCCACUCUAUGACCAUAGAGGCCCCCAUCACCAAGGUGAUCAACAUCAUCAACGCGGCCCAGGAGUCCAGUCCGGUGUCCGUAGCAGAGGCCCUGGACCGGGUCCUGGAGAUCCUGAGGACCACAGAGCUCUACUCUCCUCAGCUGGCCUCCAAGGAGGACGACCCACACACCAACGACCUUGUAGGCGGUCUCAUGAGCGACGGCUUACGGAGACUGUCUGGCAACGAGUAUGUCUUCUCCAAAAAUUUGAGCCAGAGUCAGCUGGCCAUCCCAGUAAUGCUGAAUGACAUCCCUCCGGCCAUCGCUGAGAUGCUGGAUGACGAAGACCAAUGGGAGUUUAACAUCCUGGAGCUGGAAGCUGCCACCUGUAAGAGACCUCUGACCUACCUGGGCUUGAAGAUCUUUGCUCGGUUCGGGGUGUGUGAGUUCCUGAGCUGCAGUGAGGCUACGCUACGCUGCUGGCUCCAGAUCAUAGAGGCUAAUUACCACGCCUCCAACUCCUACCACAACUCCACCCACGCCGCCGACGUCCUCCACGCUACAGCCUACUUCCUACGCAAGGAGAAGGUCAAGGGCAGUCUAGACCAACUGGAUGAGGUGGCUGCAUUGAUCGCGGCGACGGUCCAUGACGUGGACCACCCGGGGAGGACCAACAGCUUCCUGUGCAAUGCAGGAAGUGAGCUGGCCAUCCUGUACAAUGACACGGCUGUGUUAGAGAGUCACCACGCCGCCCUCGCUUUCCAACUCACCGUCAGGGACAGCAAGAGCAACAUCUUCAAGAACAUCGACAGGACUCAGUUCCGGACAUUGAGGCAGGCCAUCAUUGACAUGGUGCUGGCUACAGAGAUGACCCGCCAUUUUGAACACGUCAACAAGUUUGCCAACAGCAUCAACAAACCAAUGGCUGCCAUCGAGGAUGAAGGCAGUGACAGCGAGGGCCCAGCCAGUAUCAGAAACAGCCCAGAGAAACGGCUGCUGAUCAAGAGGAUGAUGAUAAAGUGUGCUGACGUGGCCAACCCCUGCAGACCCCUGGAGCUCUGCAUAGAAUGGGCCGGACGCAUCUCAGAGGAGUACUUCGCACAGACUGAUGAGGAGAAGAGACAGGGUCUACCGGUGGUCAUGCCUGUCUUUGACAGGAACACCUGUAGUAUCCCCAAGUCUCAGAUCUCAUUCAUAGACUACUUCAUCACAGACAUGUUUGACGCUUGGGAUGCCUUCGCCAGUCUACCUGGCCUCAUGGAGCACCUGUCUGAGAACUACAAAUACUGGAAGGGACUGGAUGACAUGAAGUGCAAGAGCCUGCGGCCGGCCCCUCCUCCGUGACCCCUCCAUCCCUCCCUCUCUCUCCCCUUAUCCCUCCAUCCCUCCCUCUCUCUCCUCCGUGACCCCUCCAUCCCUCCCUCUCUCUCCCCUUAUCCCUCCAUCCCUCCCUCUCAUUGGGCUGGGGGAGACAGCGAAUGUAGCCUGGCGCUGGUAUUAAGCCCAUCCCACGAUGAUUCUACCCAGCUCCACACACAAUGGACUGUAGACCUCAGGAGUCUGUAGACCUCGGAGUCUGCAGCUUGGAGCCCUCAGAAGAGACCAGGGGGCUGACAUACCGGCUGACAAAUUACACCCCAACUCCCCAUAUAGUGCAGACAUCUUUCCCAUCCCUAGUUAUCGGAUGUUACUUCAAACUGAUUUGAAACAGAAUCAUUACGAUGCCCCAUGGCAAAUUCAGCAUGGGGG